UUUUUUUUUUUUUUUUUUCAUUUGGAAUUUGUUGAUAUAAGAAAGCUCAAUUAACGACGACAAUAUCCAGGCCAGAUCACAUGUCAUCUGAUAAAGCCCAAUAACUUGGGAAGCUAAUAAUUAGAUUUACGGUGGUUAUUUUUCAAAAAAAAUUCUAAAAAUAAGUCCAGCCCACAAGCUAAGCCAUUAGGCCCAUGUUUUCUGGACAUCUUACUGCCCUAUGGAGCCCAAAUAGUCACAGUUGAUAAGACUUCAACACGACACCAGCUUGCUUGCACUGGCCGCUGAACUGAAUGUCUCUCACAAAAUUCUGAUCUGCCCAAAAAUUCCAGGGGACUGGUGGUUAUACUACCUACGCGCUGUGUACACCGAGUGCUCGAUGAAAUUCCUGCUUCUUCAGUUGCAAGAUAUUAGAUUUCUGGGGGUUCGAUGGAUUCCAUAAUCUUGAAAGUGGAUUUAACUCCAACUCCAAUAUCAUUCUUCUUGCAAAGGUAUUUGUCACUGAAUAGCAGUUGGUCGACUUUAGUGGCUCAUUCUUAUGGAAGGAGAAGACUUCCUAAAAACCUUCGUUACCCCCCACGCCGUACUAAGCUUCCUCCAGACCUCGGAGUCAACCUCUUUUUGAAGACCACCAAACCUGUAAAUGAUCCUACUAUGAAAACCCAAGAAGAAGAGGAAGAGGAAGAGGAAGAGGAAGAAGGAGAAGAACAACAACAUCAACCUGAAGACAACGACCAUGAUGAUUUCGUUUGGGAUUCGGAUGAGAUCGAAGCUAUUACGUCGCUUUUCCAAGGAAGAAUACCACAAAAGCCUGGAAAGUUGAACAGAGAGAGACCUCUUCCACUCCCACUUCCCUACAAGCUCAGACCUUUGGGACUUCCCACGUCCAAGAAACGUCCCAAAAUACCUUCUUUACCAUCAAUGCAUAUGUAUAAGAAUCCUGCUGCUCUGAUUGGUCUAGCCCGGAAAAUCAAAAGCCUUCCUGCAGAGGAAGAUGUUUCAGUAGUUCUCAACAAGUGGGCGAAUUUCCUUCAAAAGGGGUCUCUGUCCAUGACGAUUCGGGAACUGGGUCAUAUGGGUCUUCCUGACAGAGCUCUUCAAACGUUUUGUUGGGUUCAGAGACAGCCUCAUCUCUUCCCGGAUGAUCGAACUUUGGCUACUACCAUUGAAGUGCUGGCAAGAAACCAUGAGCUGAAAAUGCCAUUCGACUUGGAAAAGUUUGUUGCUUUGGCCAGCCGUAAUGUUAUUGAAGCAAUGGUGAGAGGGUUCGCUAAAGGAGGGAGCUUGAAUCUUGCUUGGAAGGUUGUAUUGAUUGCAAAAGAUGGUAAAAGAAUGUUGGAUCCAAGCGUAUAUGCUAAAUUGAUAUUGGAGCUUGCGAAGAACCCUGAUAAGUAUGUGCUUGCGGAGGUAUUAUUGAAUGAGCUAGGAGAAAGGGAAGAGCUAAAUUUGAGCCAGCAGGACUGUACGGCUAUAAUGAAAGUAUGUACCAGGCUUGGGAAAUUUGAAACUGUGGAGGGUCUUUAUAACUGGUUUAAACAGUCUGGGCGAGAUCCAAGUGUGGUUAUGUACACAACUUUGAUCCACAGCCGCUAUUUGGUGAAGAAAUACAGGGAGGCUUUGGCUGUUGUUUGGGAAAUGGAGGCUUCAAAUUGUCUCUUUGAUCUUCCAGCUUACCGUAUGGUGAUAAAGCUUUUUGUUGCUUUGAAUGAUCUCUCAAGGGCUGUCAGAUACUUUUCAAGGCUUAAGGAAGCAGGUUUCUCGCCUACUUAUGAUAUAUACCGGGACCUGAUUAAGAUUUACAUGGUUUCUGGAAGGCUGGCGAAGUGUAAGGAUGUUUACAAGGAGGCAGAGAUGGCAGGAUUCAAGCUAGAUAAAGGGACAAUGUCUCAACUGCAGCAACUAGAAAGAGAAAAAAAGUUACAUUUAUAGUUGUGGAUAAUUUUUUGUAUAGAUUAUUUGUUCGCUAAUCGAUUAUCUACAUGUGAUGCUAUUUCGUAUUGUUCAUAUAUUCAUGGGUGUCGGUGUGAUACCGUCAUGGAUGUGUUCCUUUGUUAAAUUAUUAAGCACUUGAUUCUGACCCAGAAUUCAAUUUUAUCUUUAUUUUUCAUUUUAA